AUGUACUCUGAGGAAUUGAAAAAACUAGCCGCGAACUGGGCUUCGCGCUGUAUAUAUGACUAUCCUGAUACGGAACCAGCAUACGAGGACACAGAAAUGCAUAAAAUUGUGUCAGUCGACCGGAAACACACUUUCGAUGAGAUGGGUCGAAUUGUCUUGAAGGAAUCCAGCAGUGACCAAUAUCAUGAUGGAACACAAUAUGAACUUGGAGCGAUAUGCAGCAAGUGCCCUGCGGAUUCCAAGUGCCACCGCAAUCAGUGCUCCAAAAUGCUGCCCUCUACACCCCAGAACCAACUGACACCAACCACUACCAUUUCUGCCUCCACUACCAUCAACGCAGUUACCACUCUUCAAGCUGCGAUGCUUUCAAUUUCCUACUGCCUCUAA